CAUAGUUUCGUCGUCAGUCAAGAAAUCGUCAAUCAGAUAUGGGGCUGUUAUCUGAAGGUUCUCCGUUGUCUUGGAAAGAAACAAAAAAAUGGGCUGACACUGUUAGAAAUCAAGGAAUUUUACAGUUUAUUAAUCUCUACCAUAAACUGAAGAAUCGUCAAAAUGAUGUAUUGAAGUGGGGAGAUGAGGUUGAAUAUAUGAUUAUCAAAUUUGACCACGACAGGAAAAUUGCACAAGUUAGCCUCCGAGCCAGUGAUGUUCUGGACUACAUGCAUCAGAAAGAAAAAGAAAACCCUAGUGAGGUUCGAUCCCUGUGGCAUCCUGAGUUUGGAGCUUACAUGGUAGAAGCUACACCUUCUAAGCCUUAUGGAGGUUUGACAUCACAUUUUAAUAUUGUGGAGGCUAACAUGCAAGCUAGGCGUGAAGAAAUAAAAGAAGCACUUGUAGCAGGAGAAUCUUUAAUGUGUUUGACAAGUUUUCCCAGGCUAGGCUGUGAAGACUUCACCGAUCCACCUACGAAGCCCAACCCUCACAAAGGUGCCUUAUGCUCCUUAUUUUUUCCUGAUGAAGCUGUGUAUGGGAACCAUCCAAGGUUUAAAACUCUUGCUCGUAACAUCAGGGAGCGGCGAGGAAAGAAAGUGAUAAUCAAUAUACCCAUAUAUAAGGAUGCUAACACACGAUCCCCAUUUGUGGAGGACCUAACCUCACUGGGAGAUGAUGGACAAGGAGCAAAGGCUGCUCUUCCUGAUCACAUCUACAUGGAUGCUAUGGGGUUUGGCAUGGGCUGCUGCUGUCUCCAGGUCACCUUUCAGGCUUGUAACAUACGUGAAUCUCGUGUUCUCUAUGACCAAUUGGCACCAAUCUGCCCCAUUAUGAUGGCUCUUAGUGCAGCAUCCCCAGUUCAGCGUGGUUAUCUGUCAGAACGGGAUUGCAGGUGGGACAUUGUAUCAGCUUCAGUUGACGAUCGAACAAACCAAGAACUUGGUUUUGAGCCACUGGUAGAUGACAGGUUUCGAAUUAACAAAUCUCGAUAUGACACCAUAGAUAGUUACUUGUCACCAGAGGGAGAGAAGUUUAAUGACCUUGAUGUAGUAUAUGACAGAGAUGUGUACCAACAGCUGCGAGAUGCUGGAAUUGACCACCUGCUGGCCCAGCAUGUUGCUCAUCUGUUCAUUCGUGAUCCCAUCUCUUUAUUCUCUGAAAAGUUACAUCUUAAUAAUGAAGAAGAUACAGACCACUUUGAGAAUAUCCAGUCGACCAACUGGCAGUCUAUGAGGUUUAAACCUCCACCUCCAAACAGCAGCAUCGGCUGGAGGGUAGAGUUUCGACCAAUGGAGGUCCAGCUAACAGAAUUUGAGAAUGCAGCAUUUGUUGUAUUUGUGGUACUUCUCACGAGAGUUAUUCUUUCUUACCAGCUCAAUUUUCUCAUUCCUGUCUCAAAGGUAGAUGAGAAUCAUAAAGAAGCUCAGAAGAAAGAUGCCGUGAGGGGUAGCACCUUCUGGUUUCGAAGAGACGUUAUGACAUGUGAUAGUCCACCAGAAGCAGCUUGUAUGAAAUGUAAAGCAUCUGACCAGUCAGAAUACAUGAAAAUGACCAUUAAUGAAAUAAUCAAUGGAAAGGAUAGUGGCUUUCCUGGACUAGUGCCUCUAAUUAAGAAGUUUUUAAGCAGUGUUGAUGUGGAUGUUGACACUCAGUGCACAAUACAACAAUACUUGGGUCUCAUGCAACGACGAGCUUCAGGUGAGCUGAUGACAACAGCACGAUGGAUUCGAGAGUAUAUCCACAACCAUCCCAUGUAUCGUCAGGACUCUGUGGUAAGCCAGCAAAUCAACUAUGACCUUCUGAAUACAGCUGACAAAAUCCAGACCGGUGACCUUUUGUGCCCGGAGCUACUAGGAAGUUUUCAAAGUAAAACAAAAGAUGACAUACCAAAUGCCAUACAAAAAGCAGAAAAUUGCUAUGACCAUGUUAACUCAGGUGGACAGUUAGAAGAUUGUUACAGCCAUUUGAACUGUGUUGAAGGAGAGAGUUGAAUAGUACUUACAGUAGCAGAAGCAGUUUAAAUUCAUUACAGGGUUUAUUUUUAAUAUAGGGCUUAUGUUUAUUACCUUUUAUGAAAAGAAAUUUCACCAUUAAUCAUUUGUAAAAAUAAGAAUUAUCACAGAUCAACACUUUCUAAAUAGAACAUAAUUGUGUAAUCCUUGAUAUUUGAGACAAAGCAUAAUCAGUCCUUGUGCAUUGUGUGCUAAAAGUAUGAUUUACUUUAUUACAGAAAUAAAAUACAUAAAUUCCAUCACACCCA